GCCGCCAUGGCCGGCCAUGAGCCUCUCCCGGCGGGCGGCGGGAAACUCCGCCUCAAGCGCAAGAGGCCUGCGGAGCCGCCGACUGGCGGAGGGGGCGGCCCGCCUCUCCCUCGCCGUCCUCAGACGCAGGGUAACAGCUUGUGCUGGCUUGGAGAGCAAGGCUUAAGUGAGGCUGACAGCACAUGGCUGGCAUUACUCAAGGCUGUAGACUCCCAGCUGAAUCACUCAAGCUUUGAAAAAGUACCCAAGCUCCCUGCAUUUCUUUCAAAGAGCUCUCAAAUUACAAAUCCUCAGCCGAAGCCAGAAACAUUUAAUAUUGGUUUGGAACAGUUUCAAUGGGAGCCAUUUCCACUUUACCGCAGAGAGGUCAAAACGAAUUAUCAGAGGAUUCAUCAAAACUCGGAGAACCCAACUAUCAGUGUAGCAGGAGGAGAAGUUAAUGAAGAUGAGAGAUCCGGUACUGUUUCUUCUGCUUCUGAGCAGAAGCCCCUCAUAGCCAAUGAGUAUAUCACUGAAGGAUCAAAACUGAAGGACAGCACAGGACAUUCCUCUAAGGAUUGUCAGAAGAUUAAAAAUUCUCAACGCACUUAUCAGAAUUCAAAGUGUUUUGCACCAGCAGCGAUGCAGAAGAAGUUGGGCUUGCAAGAGCUUUGGAAGAAGACUACUACACAAAGCAGAGAAAAAAGCUGGAGAGAAAGUGAAAAGGAAAGAGCAUCGAAAAAUGAUUCCCAGACUCAAAGAAAUUCCUUUAAUAAGACUACAUCACUGUUACCAUCACAAGGAAGUCCUCUUGAUACCAGAGUCAAUGGCCUUCAGCAAAAACCAGGAUACCAGAAUGAGGACAUUUCAACUCUCGACUCUUGUCCUAUGUGUCAGUUCCAUUUCACUGGAACGUUGUCACAACUGGACCGUGACAGUCAUCUUGCUAAAUGCUUAUCCGAAAGCACGGAAGAUGUGUUUUGGUAACUUAACAAGAAUGAAAACUCAAGAAAUCAUCUGGGAACCGGCAGUGUUGACAGAAAUUUAGAAAGUGUCACGGCAGUACCCCUUUGUGAUUAAUAAGAACUCUAGAAGCUUAAGGGGCCAGCUGAUUAAUCUUCCAUUAUGAUGUAAACUUCUUAUUGCAUCCUUAUCUUAUGAUAAAACUAUUUGGGGAAUAUUGGUGGAAAAACCAGCAGACUCUGGAUGCACCUAUGGUUACACUAUGACCUUGGCCAUAAACUGAAGUAUUACUCCACCAUUGCUAAGGCUCUGGGGAGGCACUCCAUGUGGUGCUGAAGCAGAAGCUGCUGUCCAGGCUUACUCAGGAAUUAGGGUGGGACUACACAUUGCUUGAGCAAAUGUUCAUUUCCCAACCCCAGAAGGGCAGAAGGGACCACUUGAAGGGGAAGAUUGGGGAGUGGGGUGCUUAAUCCUUCCUAUGGUAAUGCUGUCCAGCCUCACAACCCCUCUUCCUACCCCUUUUCUUCCCAAAUGGUUUUAUUUUCAAGUGCUUGCUGAAGGAAAAACGGAGGGAGAACCUGAAGUAUUACCGAAGAAUUAGUUUCAAAAGGUCAGAUAGUUUAAUGAAACUUUAUAGAAUUUAAAAAUUUAUUGAAGGCAACAUGAAUUUUUCAUCUGCUUGAGUGGGAAGGAUUAACUGACCAGAAAGCUUUAUGAAAUGGUAUGCUCCCAAUACACAUUUUAAAAAAACCUGUAAAUUAAAAGGUUAAAAGUUGGUUAGAACUUCCUCUCCUACCAUCUCUAUGCACUUAUUCAGAGCAUUCCUUUAUUCUCUUCUGAGCUGCACUUCCAAGCUAUUGAAAGGACUAAAAAAAAUCCCUGAUUUUAACAUACGGCUUCACAAACACUUUAGCAAGUUUAACAUUGUUUCAACAGCACUCUGUAAUGACAUCAACCCAACUUGUUACUACUUUAGUAACAAGAGUCAUUUUGAUCUUUGCAGUAUAGCAAAUGGUAUUUUGAGAUUAGGUAACAAGAAUCUAAAAUGCACGCUCCUUUUCCAUCUUAGGAAAAUAGGCCUAACUUAAAUGUAAAAACAUCAAAUGCUUUGAACCCAUGCACAACCAACACUAACAUCUGAGUAGGCUUAGGAUCAGAAUUGAAAACUACAAAAAAAACCCAACAACCCUGUAAUCUAUACUUAGUGUUAUUGCUAACAAGUCUGCUUAGUGAAACAACAACAGUCUAAGCUUUUUCAUUAAAGUCUUUAAUAGAUGUGCAAGAAUAUAAAUGGAUCUUAGCUGUUUAUGGGUUAUUAUGCCAUCUUCUGCACAAAUAAAACUGGCGAAAGAUC